CUCUUUGUUUUCUUGCUGAGACGAUUGGAACGCUGCCAAUUGAAGUCGCCAAUCGCCCGGAUCCUCCCCUCCCCGCGCGAGCUUUGGCAUCCGCCGCCAUGCUAUCCAGGGCUCUCGCGCGCUCCGCGCGAUUGGCGCCGUUAUCGCCCAGAUUGGCUAUAGCAACCCCGAUGGCCUACAGAAUAGCGAGGCCGACAUACACCAUAUGGGCACGAGGCAUGGCCAAGACCAGGCGGCCGCCAAAGCCCCGAUCGCCGGACCCUGACCCGAGCCAGAAACCGGCAAGCGAGCCGCAAGCAACCCCAGCCGAUGCCGGGUCUGACCAGUCCCGAGCCGAACCCAGCUCCGGUCCCGAUUCGCCGCCCGAACAACAACCCACCCAAGACACCCUCUCCCAGCACGACACGAGCUCCCUCCCCGACCUCACCCAGGGCAUCCCGUCGACGCUCAAGUACGAGACCAGCGGCGCUACCAACAGAUCGGCGCUUGCCACCCUCGAGCAAGAGACACCCGAGACGGAAGCCGGCGCUGGCGGUCGCGCGCGCGGAGAGCUGCCCGCCUCGGCAUACAUCAGCUCGACGGAGAAGCGCAGGGCAAAGGUGGCCAAUCGCCUGUAUCUCCUGUCGCUGCUCUUUGGCGUCGCCGGGCUGGGGUACCUAGGCCGAGACUGGGACGAGGAAGAAGCUAGGGCGCACUCGGAUAUCCCCAACGGUUGGGCCAUCGGCCUGUGGUGGAAACGCAUGAUGGCCCGUUUCGGAGACGUCCGAAACUACUACAGCGAACCCGCCUUCACCAAGCUGCUACCCGACCCCGACCCCAUGUUUGAGCGGCCCUACACCCUAUGCAUCAGCCUCGAGGACAUGCUGGUACACAGCGAAUGGUCGCGCGAUCACGGCUGGAGAGUCGCCAAGCGCCCCGGAGUCGACUACUUCCUGCAUUACCUCAGCCAAUACUACGAGUUGGUACUUUUCACGAGCGUUCCGUUCGUCAUCGCGGACCCUAUCGUCCGGAAGCUCGAUCCCUUCCGGUUUAUCAUAUGGCCCCUGUUCAGGGAAGCCACCAAGUACAAGGACGGCGAGACCGUCAAGGAUCUCUCCUACCUCAACCGUGACCUCUCCAAGGUCAUCAUCAUCGACACGAAGGCCUCUCACGUUCGGGACCAGCCCGAUAACGCGAUCGUGCUGCCUCCGUGGACCGGCGACCCGAAAGACAAGGGCCUAGUCGCGCUAGUCCCGUUCCUCGAAUACAUCCACACGAUGCAGUACAAGGACGUACGGGAGGUGCUGCGGUCGUUCAAGGGCUACGACAUCCCGGAGGAGUUCGCGCGGCGGGAGGCAAUCGCGCGGGCCGACUUCCAGCGGCAGUUCGAGUCGCGGCGGCCGCCGCGGAAGAGCGGCAUAGGGGCGCUGGGCAACCUGCUAGGGCUGAAGCCGGGCAGCAUGAGCAUGGUGGUGCCGGCGGAGGGGGAGCAGAGCGCGUCGGAGGCGUUCGCGCAGGGCAAGAUGCUGCAGGACAUCGCGCGCGAUCGCGGCCGCCGCAACUACGAGAUGAUGGAGCGCGAGAUCCGCGAGAACGGCGAGCGCUGGCUCAAGGAGGAGCAGCAGGCCAACGAGAAGGCCCAGGCCGAGGCCCUCAGCAGCAUCAAGACCUCCUUCACCGGCUGGUUCGUGCCGACCUCCGCAGCCGCCCCCGGCGCGGCCGCGGCAACGGCGGAGCAAAGUGCCGCAGCUGGGACGGGGCCCGCCUCGGCAGCCAAGAACUAGGCGUGUGCGGCGGCAACGUGUAGACGGCGAAGCAUCCGUGCGCAAUCACGACGGUGUGCAUGAAGGCGGGGAGGGGGCGAGGAAGGGGGGCUUGUGUACCGAUAUACGGGGAAAACGAACUAUACGAUAGA